AUGUUCUUCAUUCACUUCGCAAUAUGCUAUUGGAGACUUUUCUCUCUCCCCCUCUCUCCCCCCUCUGCCCCCCCUCUCUCUCUCUUCAUCCUUUUCUCAGAUCAAUUUCCCCACCAAUCUCUUUCGUACCACUUUUUCUUUUCCCCUAUCUUUCUCUCUUUCUUAUCCUACACUCUUGCUUUCCUUCUUUCCUUUUCAUACUAUUCUCCGUUCCAUAAAUUCCUUAUUUUUCCUUGUCCCCUCCCUUCCGACCUGACCUGGUUCUGGGGAAAUUUUAUAUCUAUCUAUCUAUCUAUCUAUCUAUCUAUCUAUCUAUCUAUCUAUCUAUCUAUCUAUCCGAUUGUUCGUACCUAUCCAUCAAUCUAUCUAUCUGUUUCUUCAUCCGACUGUUCCUAUCUAUCUAUCUAUCUAACUUCUAUCUAUCUCUAUUUCUUCAUCCGACUGUUCCUAUCUAUCUAUCUAUCUAUCUAUCUAUCUAUCUAUCUAUCUAUCUCUAUUUCUUCAUCCGACUGUUCUUAUCUAUCUAUCUAUCUAUCUAUCUAUCUAUCUAUCUAUCUAUCUAUCUAUCUAUCUAUCUAUCUUCAUCCGACUGUUCCUAUCUAUCUAUCUAUCUAUCUAUCUAUCUGUUUCUUCAUCCGACUGUUCUUAUCUAUCUAUCUAUCUAUCUAUCUAUCUUCAUCCGAUUGUUCCUAUCUAUCUAUCUAUCUAUCUAUCUAUCUAUCUUCCUAUCUAUCUAUCUAUCUAUCUAUCUAUCUAUCUAUCUAUCUGUUUCUUCAUCCGACUGUUCCUAUCUAUCUAUCUAUCUAUCUAUCUAUCUCUAUUUCUUCAUCCGACUGUUCCUAUCUAUCUAUCUAUCUAUCUAUCUCUAUUUCUUCAUCCGACUGUUCCUAUCUAUCUAUCUAUCUAUCUAUCUAUCUAUCUAUCUGUUUCUUCAUCCGACUAUUCUUAUCUAUCUAUCUAUCUAUCUAUCUAUCUAUCUAUCUAUCUAUCUUCAUCCGACUGUUCCUAUCUAUCUAUCUAUCUAUCUAUCUAUCUAUCUAUCUAUCUAUCUAUCUGUUUCUUCAUCCGACUACUUUUUUUUCUUUCCAAUCUCAUACUAUUCGAACCAUUCCUUUUUCUUUCUCUCUUUUUUUUCUGUGUUGUUCUUUCUCUUUUAUUUUCUUUCUCCUCCCCCCCCGUCUUUCUCUCUAUUGCACGCACGAUUAUUUUCUCUUUCUCAAGUAUUCUCUUCGUAAUACUCCUCCUCAAUUUUGCGAUCUCCUUGACUUCUCCCGCACUUUUUCCUUUCCUUCUCCGAUACGCCAUCUUUCCAUUUUCUUACUCUCUCCAUCUUUUUUUGAUAUCCCCUUUCUUUUUCUCCUUUGUGAUAAAUGGUUUUUCUUUUUUUUUCUUUCUUUAUACUAUUGUCUUUAUUUGCGUCUUAUUUCUCUUUCCUUCUUUCUCUUUUUAUACUUUUUAUCACUUUUAAAAUUUCUCAACUUCUCUCUCUCUCUCUUUCUCUUUCUUUCUCUCUCUCUCUCUCGUUCUAUUCCUAUCACUAUUCUUUCUUCUCCGUCUUAUGUUACAAACACUAUAUACUAUCCUUCUUCUUUCUAUGUUUUUCCGUCUUUCUCUCUCUCUCUCUCUCUCUCUCUCUCUCUCUCUCUCUCUCUUUCUGUCCGUCUCUUUCCCUCUCUUUCUAAUAUUUCUUUCUUCUCCCCAGCUAUCUCUUAUUACUUCUAUCAAGAUUUCUGUCUACUUUUACUCUCACUAGAAGCACAACUUUCUUUCUUUAUCCCCCUCUCUAUUUCUCUGUCUCUCUCUUUCUCUCUCAAAUUCACUCACUAUCUAUCUAUCUAUCUAUCUAUCUAA